UGUACACGAAUGCACAUCCCAACUCCCAGAAAACCAUACUAAGAUCAAUUUGUUAACUUGUGUCUUCAUCAACACAUCAAACACUGUCUUUGUUUCCCAUUCUAACAGUGAUCCUCCACCAUGGAAAUGAAGAACCCACUUAGAGAGGAGAUUUUGUGGCAACACCCAUUUCUUAUUCUCCUCACAUUGGUCUUGAGUUUUGUUAUAAUUGAUCCAUUCCGAAUGGGUUCAAUAGGAGGGCAUGAGUUGAAGCCUGUGAAGCAUGACAUUGCACCUUACAAGCAAGUCAUGGAGAACUGGCCUAGAGACAACAUGAGCAGGCUUGGGGAUGGGAAUUUGGAGUUCAAGGAUGAAGUUUUCGGCCCCGAAUCUUUGGAAUUCGAUCGAUUUGGUCGUGGACCUUACACGGGUUUAGCCGAUGGACGGAUCGUUAGAUGGUUGGGAGAGAAUGUUGGGUGGGAAACAUUUGCACUCGUAACAGCUAAUUGGUCAGAGAAGUUAUGUGCAAGAGGUGUUCACUCAACCACUCCUAAGCAAUGGAAGCAUGAGAAACUCUGUGGUCGUCCGCUCGGCCUCAGAUUCGACAGUAACACCGGAGAUUUGUACAUCGCUGACGCCUAUCAUGGCCUUCUGGUUGUUGGACCUAAAGGAGGGCUUGCAACACCUUUGGCAACUCAUGUGGAUGGGAAGCCAAUAGUCUUUGCAAAUGACCUUGACAUACACAACAAUGGCUCCAUCUUCUUUACAGACACCAGCAGGAGAUACGACAGAGCGAACCAUUUCUAUAUACUGUUGGAGGGUGAAGCCACUGGUAGGCUUCUCAGAUAUGAUCCUCCAACUAAAACAACUCAUAUUGUCUUGAAUGGCCUCGCUUUUGCAAAUGGAGUUCAGUUAUCAAAGGACCAAACCUUUCUCCUUUUCACUGAGACCACCAAUUGCAGGCUGAUGAAAUUCUGGCUGGAGGGUCCGGAGGCCGGAAACGUGGAACUUGUAGCAAACCUUCCAGGUUUUCCGGACAACGUAAGACUGAACGAGAAGGGGCAAUUCUGGGUAGCGAUUGUUUGCUGUCGAACUCCGGCACAGGAGAUCCUCACACACAAUCCAUGGAUAAGGAGCUUCUUCUUCCGGUUGCCAAUCCCGAUGAGUUUCUCGGCGAGGAUUAUAGGGAUGAGAAUGUACACAAUGAUCUCACUCGUCAAUGAACAAGGAGACAUCUUGGAAGUCCUUGAGGAUCCAAAGGGUGUGGUGAUGAAACUAGCGAGUGAAGUUAGACAAACACAAGGGAAGCUCUGGCUUGGAAGUGUGGCUCAUAACCAUAUAGCUACCCUUCCUUACCCUGAAGUUCAGUCGCAGAAGGAACUUUAAUUGUUGCUUAUGGUGGUUAGUCAUAGUGUGUCCAAAUUAUAAUUGAAAAGUGUCAAACGCAUAGUCAACCACUCAACCUAACUUGGGACUCGACGAGCCUCAAACUAAAUCAAUGACAUCCCACAUGACGCAGACGAAAACAAACCAUAACCAAUGUUAAACACUUAAACCUAGAAAAACAACACUAGAGUCCACCAGAUGAGAGAAAAAAAUUUCUGGGGAUUCGCCAUUAAUUGCCAACAAGUAUUCAAAAUUUCCAUUUUAUUCUUCGAAAUGCAAGACAUCCUUUCUACAUUGCCAACAGACUUAAGUCUUUUUUUUUAUUUUUUUUGCUCUGCUGCUUUUGAACUUUCUGAGCCAAUGUAAGCUUCCAUUUAAAAAGA